GAUAAGUGCAAAUGGUCGUUUAAUAACAGAUGAUUGAACGCGUUCCGCGGCGCGGCCUAGCAUUUAUCUGUCAAAACUGGUGACGGUCGGCCGAUCGGCAAUGAGCCGGCUUAUGCGUGCUUGUUGAUUGUUUUUGCGCUGAGGUUUUUAGGUUAUCUAAACGAAUACAAUACCGAAAGACGUGCGUGUACGUUUUGUGCAUUCAACAUUGGGUUUCCCGAGCGGCACAAACGCAUCGAUCGCGAGUGUACUUUGAAUAUUUUUGUCGAUUAUUAUUAUUAUGUGAUCGUGAAUCAGGAAGGGCCGAGAAGAAAUACAAAGAGCAAGCGUCAACACGAGAAGGAAAAAAAGAAAGCAAGAUGCGAAACGUUCGAGGCAAUGUUUUCUGCUAUCUCAUCGUGGCACUGCUUUUUCUAGCGCCAUCCAGUUACGCAGAUGUUUCAGCCGAAAAUGCGACAAGCCAAUUUCAACGAUGCGACAUCAACAAAGCGACGGAUCAGUGUGGCGAAAACGAAAGAUGCUUUAAAAAUUCGGAGAACGAAGAAGCACAGUGCAGAUGCGUGAGAGGUUUCGAAGCGGACGGAGGCCAGUGUGUCCAAGUUACUACAUUUCGCAACGUAAUUAUUGAUCAGUCAACGAUCGAAGUCCACUCAGGAGGUAGUCCCAUAGGUGCUGGCUUGUUUAUACUGACUUUCCUCAUACUAAUGCUCAUGUUACUGUAUUUCGUCGAGAAGCGAUAUAAGUGGUUCCAACGAGUUCGACAGCGUCGUUCAAAUCAUUACGGCAAUGUGCUAGUCACAAGAGACGACGACGACGAUGACGAUUCACCGAUAGCGUAAGCUGGUACCUAAUAGUAAUUAAUACGUGUGCCGUGUACAAAGUGCGAAACUUUUUAACAAAAGCACGAACUUUAACGCAGAGACGCUCAGUUACACAAUUCAUAAUUUAAAGCGACAAGCUUUGAGUUACCGCUGCGUGGAUCGCCUUACCGAAUAACCGCAAUAAAAAUCUAGUACCGGUUCAUGUCCAAUUGCCUCGUCCUCCCGGGCGAGUUGCAAGGAAAUUUCGAUCGAUUUCUCUAUCGAUUUCUAUCGAGUUCUAUAGGCAAUGCAUUUAACCGCUUAUACCUCCGUGAUCGUGACUUGGAGCAUUCGACAUUUCGAGAAUCGAACAUUGAACGUCGCACAUGAACGUCUUCUCUUGGAGCUUGUUACGCUUAGGGAACAAUAUUGUGUAACUCUGUGUACCUAUAUAUGGAGGGAAGGUUUAGAUACCAGGUAUGUGCGAAGCAAAAUAUCGUCGAACUGAAUUAAGAGGCUAAAUGUAAACGAGUGUUGGUGUAAGUAGACGUGUUUUAUGCCGAUAAA